GGAAAGGCUUGUGCGCAUGCGUAUUACAAGGCGUCUCAACGUCACUAACAUGAAGCCUUGCCUUGCGUCUGUUUUUUCCGAGUUUUUCGUCGUCCUUAUCUUGUUUGGCUUCCGCUUGUCGCUCGCCCGACAUGCUGCAGUCCAAAGGAAACUUCGAGAGGCGGGGCUUGAAGGUGAAAGGUCACCGGUGCCGGGACAAGACGGAUGUGCCGAUGGAGCCUACCAACAUGGCGCAAGCACGUGCUGUCUGUGUGCCGCUGCGUCUCCAGAAGCACUGCACGUCUGCCAGUCCGCACGAUGGAUCGUGUGAGCCGUGUGAGCCAAACACGUACAGAAGCAGCCCCAACCAGCAGCGCACCUGCGAACGCUGCACAUCGUGCUCGCACCCCAAUGCUAACCUGGAGGUGGACACGGCCUGCAGCAGAGCCAGCGACACCAAGUGCCGGUGUAAAGCGCAUCACUAUUGCAUUAGCGCCAGCGAUGAAGGCUGUAAACUCUGUAGCCGCUGUGAAGAGUGUGGUCCACAAGGGGUCAGAGUUUCCUGCACAGCCACCAACAACACGGUGUGCCACGACCCGGUAGAAGCGAGAAGUCAUGUCUGGGCCGGCCUGGCCUGUGGAGCCGUGCUGCUAACUGCUGUGGUUCUAUGCUGCUGGAGAAAGAAGAAACGACUGAGUAACCAGCAGACCUCCAGCGCUCCAAACAGCAGCAAGACGCUUGAGAUGGACUUGCAGUCGUUGAACACUACGGAUACUUGGUGUCACCUGCCUGAUAUUGCCGACGUGCUGGGAUGGAAGACCAUGUCCGGCGUGGCGAUGAGGAGCGGGAUGAACCCGGUGUUCAUCGAGGCCUGCCUGCAAGACCACCCGGGCGACUGUCAGGAGCAGACGCUGCAGUUGCUGAUGAGGUGGACGGAGCAGCGGGGCAAGGACGCCAUGACAGACUUGCUCCACAGCCUGCGUGGCACCAAGCACAGAGACAAAGCACAGAAGGUGCAGGCUAUUUUGUCCAAGGUUUGAAUUGGCCGGCCUUUCCACCAGCCUUGUGACCAUGACUAGAUGAAGACUGCAGGAACACAUCAUGGCCGUCUCGAGCCGUUAGCGGCUGAGCAAUCCAGCGCCUGGCAGUGAUGGGAGGAGCCGCCAUCCAGGGAUGAAAAAGCAACAUGGCUGCCCUGUGGUACUUUUACUCAUUCAUACUGAACACGAACACGAACAUUCUUCAGCAAGUCCAACCUUUCUUCCAGCGUGUUGUGUUCCUCAAGCUAAUGUUUAUGUCACCAUCCAUGUGACGGCUUUCUAUUUCACCAUCAUUUGGUCUUGGCUGCUUUUGUUGCGUAUGUCUUGUUUCCUGUUUGUUUCCUGUGACGCUGCAUGCAGCUGUAGCUGAUCGGUGAUCAGUUAUCCGUCACGUUUGGACUUUCAGCCGGUUGCUAUGAGGAGCUUUUGCUUUUUGUUGGACUUGUGUAUUUUUGCUCUGCUGUUUUGUGGACCUGUACCUGCUAGUGUCCUCUUUUAGCCAAAUAAAAGACACAAGCCCAGUGUACUACAUGCACUCUGACCUAACUAAUCAAUCGCUGAUCAAUCAAUAUACACUUGCUCCGUACAGCAGAAGAGCAUAACAACAAUGUAAUGCUAUCGACAUACAGUCAAUAUCACGGAUCGGGUAGAACGCUGGGCCUAGUCCUAGCCUGGGGACUGAUUGUGGUCUUGGUGCCGGCCUAGCUGAGAUAUUGUGGACUUGGUGCCGGCCUAGCUGAGAUAUUGUGGUCUUGGUGCCGGCCUAGCUGAGAUAUUGUGGACUUGGUGCCGGCCUAGCUGAGAUAUUGUGGUCUUGGUGCCGGCCUAGCUGAGAUGAUGAGCUGUCA